CGGACGAGGAAGGAGCGUCUGAUUAUCAGGAAGACGAACUAACAGCGCUGAGUUCUAUUUACGAUGAAAGAAUAUUUACUAGAUUAAAAAAUGGUGGAGAAUUUCGUAUCUCUUUAAAGGUACCGGAUAAUUUCAAGGUGAAGAAUAUUGCAAGCAAAAGAACUGAAACGAAUGCUGAUGAAAACAGCCACAGCAAUGACGUAAUAUGGAAUGUAUUUCCCGUGAAAUAUCUCCCCCCUCUUGUUCUAAACUUUUUGUAUCCCCCUGGAUACCCAUUAUCUGACCCCCCUCAAUAUACGUUGAAGUGUAAAUGGUUGAAUGUGUCACAGUUAUCAAAAUUAUGCAAGUCUAUGGAUACAUUAUGGGAAGAAAAUCUAUAUGAAGUGGUACUUUUUCGUUGGAUCCAAUUUCUUGAGGAGGAAACAUUUGAUCUGCUCAAUAUUUCUUCACCAUUAGUUUUGACCACAAAGACAAAAUCUUCAUCAAGUGUUCCUCCUGCAUUCGAUCCAAGAGCUGUUCAAGAUGUGCGUUGCAUCUGCUGCCCUCCUUGAUAUAAUUUUUGAUUUUGAUCAGAAAGAAAGAGAACAAGUGUUCAAGACAAACCAUUUUUCAUGUGGUGUUUGUUUUUCUGAAAAAACUGGUGCUUUCUGCAUUGCUUUUCCAAAAUGUGAACAUGUUUUUUGCACUGAAUGUUCAGAGUAUUUUAAAAUCCAAAUUGAAAAUGGUUCCGUGAAAGCAUUAAACUGUCCUCAACCAAAGUGUGAAUCACAAGCCUUGCCUUCUCAGGUCAAAAACCUUGUUAGUUCUGAUUUAUUUGCCAAAUAUGAUAACUACCUCUUGCAGUCUAGUCUGGAUGAAAUGUCUGAUAUAGUUUAUUGUCCGAGACCCACAUGCCAAUCACCCGUGAUUUUGGAACAAAAUACAAUAGGUGUUUGUGAAGUGUGUCGGUUUGCGUUCUGUUCACUCUGCAAGUUAACAUUUCAUGGUGUAUCACCAUGUGUCUUCAGACCAGACGAAGUACGAAAGUUGAAAAUGGAAUAUGAAAAUGCAACAAACACAGAAAGGAUAUUCCUGGAAAGAAAGUAUGGCAAGGACCGACUCCGCCGCAUGAUUGAUGAUUUGGACUCGGAGGAAUGGCUGGUGGAUAAUUCAAAAAUAUGUCCUCGUUGUCAUGCUCACAUUCAGAAAUCGGAUGGCUGUAACAAGAUGCAUUGUUCAAAAUGUCGGACAGAUUUUUGUUGGUUGUGUGGAAAGAUAUUGGAUCCACGAAAUCCUUAUCUUCAUUUUAACACGUGGGAGUCGCCUUGCUUCGAUAGAUUGUUUGAAGGUGUAGAGAUUGACAGUGAUUAAAAACAGCUUCACAAACUUUUUGAAUGUUGUAAUGUUAAACGCCGGUGGAUCAUGAACAUAGACCUACGACCGUGUACGUAUAGAGGAAUACACGUGUCAGAUUAAUAUAAUGAUAUUGAUAUUCAUAGAUUUCA